AUGAUCAGUGCUUUAUUCAUAUAUUCUCUGCGAGGGGAACUGCUGAUUUCCAAAGAUGUGAAAUCCACAGUUCAGAAGUCAAUGGCAGAGAUUUUCAGAAUUCAAGUUAUAAACAAUCUUGAUGUUCGAUCUCCGGUAUUGACUCUUGGAUCAACAACCUUUCAUUAUAUCAAAUCGCCCGGAAACUUGUGGAUAGUGUCUGUCAGUCGAUCUAAUGCAGACAGUGCGGCAAUAUGGGAGUUUUUAUACAAGCUCAGCUCGCUUUUGCAAGCUUACGGCCUGGAUUCAGAAAAGAAUAUGAAGGAGGAAUUCAUGACGUGUUUCGAGCUCCUGGAUGUGCUCCUUGAGAAUGGAGUGCCCAUGGAAAGUGAAUUCAGCAAUGUGGCAUCGCUAAUGUCGGUCAAACCUUCAAUAGCAGUUGAUGCCUUCAACAGUUUCACGGAAGGCAUAGCGAACGGCACGGAUCGGUUUAUACCGCGUUCACGGCUGUUAAAGAGAAAGUCAAGCACAUUCAUCUCUCAGGAUACACUGAAAGACCAGCAAUCAAAAAUUCCAUGGAGGAACAAUGGCAUCAAGUAUAAGAAAAAUGAAGUUUUCUUGAAUGUUAAUGAGAGCAUCAAUAUUCUCGUCUCUAAAGACGGAUCCAUCUUAAAAUCUUAUGUCGAUGGCACUGUGGAAGCUACGACACACUUGAGCGGCAUGCCCGUGUGCCGUUUUGGCCUGAACGACGCCUUGUCGAUAACAUCUCCAUUUUACGAAGGUUCUCCGGAAACGGUCAAUAAGAAAGCCAUUCCAAAAGCAGCGGCCGGGAGCGUCAUGCUUGAAGACUGUAAAUUUCACCAGUGCGUCCAAUUGGAAAAAUUUCAAACCGAUCGCACCAUCAACUUCGUGCCGCCAGAUGGCACUUUCGAGCUCAUGAAAUACCACGUCAGGGAGAAUCUCAACUUACCUUUCAAAGUGACACCCAUUGUGACAGUGUCCAGAUCGGGAUCAAUCGAAUACCGAAUCACCAUCAAAUCGUUGUUCCCAGGAAAACUCAGCGCUAAAGACGUCCAGAUGCGAAUACCUGUCCCGCCAGAAACUGUUGACUGCAGUUUUUCCACGUCUAACGGAAAAUGCAAGUUCGUUGCUGCCGAGAGCGCGAUUAUUUGGCAAUUCAGCAGAUACCAAGGGUUAACGGAAAACAGUAUUUCUGCUACGGCUCUCCCCGCAAAGGGUUAUCUACUAAAUUUCGAUAAAUGGUCAAGGCCUUCAAUUUCCUUGAAAUUCGAGGUCACGAUGUUCAGUAAUUCAGGUCUUGUCGUUCGCUUUUUCGACAUUUUGCAGAAAGACAAAAAUUAUAACUUGAUCAAGUGGAUCCGAUACAUAUCGCGCUCGGGGGCUUACGAAGUGAGAUACUAG